AUGCCGCCUUCAAAACCCUCCUUCUUCUACAACCCACUCUUCCCCACCUUCUACUUUGGGCUGCAUCAUCCGAUGAAGCCAUUCAGGAUUGCCUUGGUGAAUGAGCUUAUUUUAGCAUACGGCUUGGAUGAGCAUUUGAACUACUAUACACCUAGAGACGCCACUUUUCAGGACAUGGCUCUUUACCACACCCCUGAUUAUAUACGCUUUCUGAAAAAUAUCACGCCUGAGACUCUUUCUAAGUUCCAGGACCUUGCCAAGAGAUAUAACAUUACCGAAGACUGCCCCGUGUUCUCUGGGCUCUACGACUACUGUAGCAUGACAGUGGGUGCUUCUGUUAAUGCAUGUGCUCACUUGAAUCAUGGGAUGUGCGAUGUAGCCCUCAACUGGAUGGGCGGGUUCCACCAUGCAAAGGCUUCUGAAGCCUCUGGGUUUUGUUAUGCCAAUGAUCUUGUCUUAGGGAUACUUGAGCUCUUGAAGGUACACGAGCGUGUGCUGUAUGUAGAUAUUGACAUCCAUGCCGGAGAUGGAGUCGAGGAGGCCUUCUAUACCACAAAUCGGGUUUUGACUCUGUCAUUCCACAAGUACGACACAGACUUCUUUCCGGGCACCGGCAAUCUGUUUGAUAAUGGAGCUGACCAAGGGAAAGGGUACGCCAUUAAUUUUCCGCUGAAAGACGCCAUCGAUGAUGACACAUUCAUCUACAUCUUUGGAAGCGUGGUAAAGGAUGUGAUGUGUUGCUAUGAUCCACAAGCAGUUGUCUUGCAGUGUGGAGCAGACUCGCUGGCAGGCGAUCGACUAGGGGUCUUCAAUGUCACCUUGAAAGGUCACGGGGAGUGUGUUAAGAUUCUGUAUCAGUAUACGCAAGCGAAGGGCAUACCGCUUCUCUUAACAGGUGGGGGUGGGUAUACAGCGCGUUCUGCCGCCAAGUGUUGGACAUAUGAGACAUCACUCGUCUGUAACCAGGUCCUGUCCGAACAGAUACCAGCAAAUCAGUUCUACGAGUACUAUGGCCCCGAUUAUUCGCUGCUUGUUCCACGCAUCAAUCUUCCCAAUCAGAACACAAGACAGGACAUUGAGCAGAAGCUCACACACAUUCGACAAAAGCUCAGAGAAAUACAACCCGCAAACGCAUGUGGUGGUAGCAGCACGUUGACAAGCGUUAUGCCUGCUUCUGUGGAGACUAGUAAGGAGAUGCUACAAGGGAAAGAUAGAGACUACUAUGGAGGGCGGCCACUGGCCGAAGAUGAAGAUGGGUUGGGUCAGCAUGAGAAAGAAGGUGUUAGCGAGGGUACACGAGAACGGGCUCGGCAGAAUCGGGAUGAGCCAACCGUAGUUGUUAUGGGUCAAAAUGGUUUUGUUGACGGCGCCUUGCGAAGUGAAGCGGGGUUAGAUGAGAACUAG